GACAGGUGCUUCAGCAAAUCCUUCUCUCUUUAUGUGUGGGUGCAGAAAGCUAAAGUGGGGAUUGCAUUUCUGUUGACACCUCCGCAGAUCCAGCAUGAAGCAGGGAGAAGCAUGCAGACAGAGUGAAUAGAAAGAGGGGGACAGAGGGAGCGAGAGAGGCAGAGUCAGUGAGAGAGAAGAGUGAAAGAGAGACAGAAGAUAUAUUUGACUAUGUGGGUGUGUGAAGUAUCAAGGCAUGCAUCAUAAUUGUGAAUUCUCGGAACAGCCGGACAUCUCAUUGGAGCAGCAUCAGCAUCAGCAGCAGGACAUUGUUGUUCUCACAGACUGUGUUAUCUUGUACUUUGAAACAGUGAGAGCUGUGAGCGACAUAAGGGACAUUUUCAAAGGCAAAAUGGAAACCGUUUUGUUUCUGCUGUCACAAGGAUUUCAUUAACUGGGAUUAUAAAAGUACUGUGGCUAGAAAGUAAAGUGCAGACUGGAAAAGUAUGAUGCCUCUUCACCAUCAAUAAUCACAAAUUCGAGUCACGAACAGAGAUGGCAGUCAGCCCUUUCACCAUCUGCCUCCUGUCACUGGUUGCCUAUGGCUCAGCCCACCCCUCUCCCCCUCCUCCUCGGGGGUGUAGUGUGGAUGUGGACCCUCCCUACAGAGUGCUGUGUGACCUGGAGUCAGUCUGGGGUGUGGUUCUGGAGGCCGUGGCCUGCAGCGGUGGCCUCACCUCUGUGGUCCUUGCUGUGCUCCUGCUAGUCAAGCUGCAUUCCAUUUCUGACCCCGCCAAGCGCUCCAGCAUAGGACCUCUUCUCCUGCUCCUGGGAACACUCCUUGGGCUUUUCACCAUCUCUUUGGCUUUCCUGGUAGGGAAGAAUCAGGCGCUAUGUGUGAUCCGCAGGGCCUUCUGGGGGCCCCUCUUUGCCCUCUGCUUCUCCAGCUUGGUCGUGCAGGGUGUGAGGCUCAGGAGGCUGGUGGCUGGCAAGACAAGCCCAUUGGGCAGUUCACUGGCAGCACUUGGCCUAGCCUUGGCCUUGGUUCAGGGGAUAAUCUCUGCUGAAUGGGUUCUGCUGACAGUAGUUAGGGAGGGUCACCCAGCGUGUGAAUAUCCACCCUUGGACUUUGCUCUGGCAUGCAGCUACACCCUGGGCCUGCUCCUCAUAGCCAUGGGGCUUUCUCUGGGGGUGGUGCUGUGUGGAGGAGAGUUGGGGGUAGAGGGAGGAGGUGGCAGUGAAGAUGACAGAGAAGGAGAGAGUGAAAAACGAAGAUGGAAAUGUAACGCUAUCUGGCUCUUCCUAUCCAGUCUGGCAUCAGCAUUGCUGUGGGUGGCUUGGCUGGGGUUUUAUCUUUAUGGCAGCCAGAUGUUGAAGGGAAAGGGGAAAGGGGAGAGGCUGGGAGGAGGAGGAAAGAAGGAUGUGAAGGUGAUGGAUGAGCCUGCGCUGGCAGUGGCCCUGGUCCUUCAGGGCUGGAUCCUGCUUUUGUUCCAUGCUAUCCCAGAGGUGUACCUGUGUCUAAGCAAACUUCCACAGUCUAACACGCAAGAUUUUUUCGACACCAGUCACACAUCUCCUCCUCCACAUUUUGGAGAUGAGCCUGCUGCACACGCUCACCGACCCUUCCCAGAAAACCAAGCUUUUUCUAUGGAGGAGCACAAUACAACUCUUCGAAGUGGAACAUACCAAGGCAACCAUGGGAGCAUGCGUACGGGCAUCGCCUUCAGAGGUCACGUCUACCAGCCCACUGAGAUGGCUCUGGUCAUGAACGGUGGUACAAUGCCCACAGCCCCAGUUAACUACACUGGACGACGGUUAUGGUAAUAUGAGACAAGACUUGAAGAGGAUGUAACACUGGUGUGUGACAGUAGAGUUUUCUGUUUCCUAAGAAGAAGAAAAGAAAGAAAGAAAGAAUCAUAAAAGCAUCACAUAUAGUAGAUUUGGGAGCUAUUUAUGUUUAAUGUAUUUGUGUUUCUGCACAUGUAUGAAUUUUACAUUUUAAAAACAGACUGUGAGAGUACUUUUGCUAAGCUUUUCUCACUUGCCUCUUUAUUGGCAGACUGGACAUGAAAUCACAAGUGAGGAAAGAGAAAAUGACGCAGCUUCAAUGGUUUAGGAUAUUUUGGCAAUGAGAGAGAACAUUUAUGGUGCAUUAUUAUGGUCAGCAGAGAUCUGCACAUAGUCUUUAUUCUAACAUGUACAUACACUGACAAGAAAUGUAUUAGGAGGGCUAAUAUAUACAGAACAUCACGAAUCAGUGUUCAUCGUGGUACUGAAGGGGAGUAACCGAACAGCUCUAACUGAAUGCUAUAACUUACUGAUGCCUUUUCACCAGUGAUGCUUGCUUCAUAAAACCAUACUUUACUUCUCUUUCUAGUUGGACAUCAAGCCACAACUCAGAAAAAAACCCUUAGGAUGUUUAUGUAAAUUACCCGCAUACGCCCACAGAGCUUGUUUGACCUCUGUAUUCACAGUAAUGCUGGAAAGUCCCAAAUGACUCUCAUAGUGUUCUUCUCUCCAUAUUUCCAUUCGAUUAUCAGUGCUACUGGACAGUUUGGUGCAUUUCACCAUGUUUACUGAUCAUGUAUUUAAUAAAGCUUCAGCAGGCGUGUGGAGGAUUAUCAGAUGAUUUAAAGGCUGACAGAUGAGUCUAAAGCUCAUGGAUAACUAGUUAUUAUAAGCAUAUCAUUAUAAGCCAUUUAAUACUGCAAUACGUGUGCUGCAGUAUGGGGUUUACUGUAAGAGGUUGUGAUUUUGCACUUUAUCAGCGCUGAUCAUGUCUGGCCAUCGCGAUAUUUAAGAUGUAUAAACAUUUGAGAUGCAUGUAAAAGUUUAAAGGUAAUGUAUUUUGUCAAAAUGUAUGUAUUUUUAGUGCUUUCUAGAAUUUUGAUAUACACAUCGAAGGAAAUUAACAGUUUUAGUAUUGAGUUUCAAAAUUAUUUGACAUUGAAAAUUAGAGGCGACAAACCAGUCUGAAGGGCUCAAAAUGGAUAUUUUAACCUCUACAAUUCCACGAUAACAGGGGAAAGCCCACCUGCAGACAAAGAUUAUGUGAGACAAUACGAUAGCUAAAGAGACCCUGAGCUCAGACUGGUUUGUCAUCUGGUUUCUGUAUGUUUGCAGUCAUGUUUGCCUAAGUUUACGCUCCCAUAAGACUAUGAGUAUUACAUACACUUGAUUAGAAAUAUAUAACAUCUGAUGUAUUUUGGCAUUCAGGAUCCAUUUCAGUUCUGAAAUCCAUCAAAUCCAGAGAAAGCAUUCUGUCAUCCCUCACUGUGAAUUUAACUGAAAACAUUUUUUAAAUGACAAUAUGUGACUUCAAGUCCAGUCAAGAUUUCUAGUUGACAGAAGCUGCUCAAAUGCUCUUGCAUUUGACCUCUGGGAUGAAAAGAAAACUGCAACUCUCUUCACAUUUGACUGGACAUUAUCUGACCAAGACUGAAUUCAACCAAGGACAGUUUAUCCAGGUAAAAUACAAUUCAAGGAACAGUCACUAUGUUCAUGUUGUUGCCACCUCUUCUUGCUAUAAAACUACAUAACUAAGUUGUCAGCAACCUUGCUUUUGUGUACAGGUGUGGGCUCUUAUAUUGAACAAUAAAAAUAUUAUUAUCACAGAAUUAUUAUGUAAUAAACCUAUAUAAUGAGUUUUAAUUGUGUAAUUAAUCCAAAUGUGAAAAUAAUCACUGGUAUUUUCCUUUUGAGAUGUUCUUUUGAUGAUUGCACUGUCACUGUUUUAUGACAGAGUAACAUGAAUGUCUGUAAUGUGAUUUGCACAAAGUGGCUAAUAC